CGCACUGCAACCCAGAUGGGCGGGCGGCGACACAGCUGCGAUUGCAGGGCCGACACACUGAUUCACGACAAGGGUGGCAGAGACACAGACAGCGGUGGCGGCAGACACAGACAUGACACGCGUUUCCGCCCCGCUCCUCGCAGUGCGAAGAGUCGACUCAGCGAGGAAAGUAGCUUCAGAAUGCGACUGAGCAGCAGCAGACAGAUACUAUUCAGCAGCGAAGAAGAGGCUCGGGCUCGCCGAGGAGUCAGCCCAACACUCACCGAACUCAACGACGACUGCCUGCUGCUGAUAUGCGAACGGCUGUCGAUGGGCGACCAGUGGAGUCUGCUGCAGCUGCAGGACGAGCGCCUGGCCGAGCUGGUGCUGCGGAUCUGGAGGCGCAAAUAUGCCCAGCACUUUGACUGGCAGCAGCAGCAAUUAAGCAGCCGUCUGAGUGCCAAAGAGCAGAGUCAACUGCUGCAGCUGCUGAGUGCCCGGACGAGGGCGCUGCUCAACCUGAAUGGCAGCAGCGAUGGCUGUCGCCAGUGGCUGUAUGACCGGAAACGGAAGUGCGUCCACCGGCACAUGCAGUGGCUGAGCUUUGUGGAGAGCGGCGCCUGGCUGCUGCAUCGAUUGCCGGCUGUCUGCCCCAACUUGGUGCACCUGCAGCUGGGUCUGGGCGAAGGCAUAACCCCGGCGGAUCUCCACCUGCUCUUCGGACAGCUGCGGCACCUGCGGCAGUUUGAGCUGCAGCCCGGCUGGAGCUGCCCCCGCUCCUGGACGGCCAUCAAGUAUGGAGCGACAUUGGAGUCGCUGAAGCUGCCGGCGUGCCUGGUGCGUGCCACGGCCACGCAGUUGUUCCAACUGCCCCGACUGCGCCGCCUGACGGGUUUCCUCUGCCACGGGCACACGGACGAUGACAAAGCAAAUGCCGGCGCCACCAUCGCGGCGUGCCUGCAGGCACUGCAGCACAGGAGAGCCUGCCACAUUGUGGGUCUCCGUUUGCAGUGCCAGCUCGAUGCGAGCCUCUUGCGUCUCAUGGCGGCGGCGGGCCCGGGGGACACCUUCCGUCUGCAUCGCUUCGCUUGGCACUCGCAGCUGACGGUGCACUUUGAUGUUGCGGAUGGCAGCAUCAAGUGGCUGCCACAGCAGCCGCGAGUGGCGCACGCCCUGCUGCCCUUCCUCGCCGGCCAGGCGGACAGUUUGCGUGAAUUGGAUUUCACGCGUAAUGUGCAUGCCACGCCCACGUUCCUGUCACUGCUGAGGGAGCACUGCCCCAGGAUGACAGCUACACGGACACCGCACACGGAUCUGGAUCCAGAUACAAGACCGGAUGCUGAUGCGGAUGCGGAUGCAGCGCAGACAAACGAUUUGGCCUUUGUCGCGUUGGAAUUGCAGCACUUGUCUAAUGAACAACGGAAGCGGGCACCGGUUAGAUGCCAGAGCUGAGGCACCGGAUGGCCCAGGGACAGCAAACUGAAUGUCCUUGCUUUCAUUCUCUGUACUUAGAAGUGUUCUACAUCCUGUUUAAGUAUUUAAAAUAUCCACAAAAUAAGUAAUACUCGUAGUAGUGCCAUUAAAACGUCUUUAAGU